GGCGGCGAUCCCAGCGGAGGGGGCCGUUCGCCAGCUCCGAGGCAGAAAGUGCCACGACUCCACACGCGCGCACACAGCCAGCGAGCGGCCGGAGCGGACGGCAGACGGGGCGGGCGGUGUUAGGGUCGCGGCGCCUGCAGUUGCUCGGGGGCGGCUUCUCGGCGGAGGCUUGGCCGGCUCCCCUCUCCCGGUUUCGCGGCGGCGACGGCGGCUCCUGCCCUCUCGCUCUUCCUCCCGCGUCUCCGGCUGCAGGUGAAAGGAAAGCCAGCCAGGAUGGACAUUUACGACACUCAGACCUUGGGGGUUAUGGUUUUUGGUGGAUUCAUGGUUGUUUCCGCCAUUGGCAUCUUCCUGGUGUCAACCUUCUCCAUGAAGGAGACAUCCUAUGAAGAAGCUCUAGCCAACCAGCGUAAGGAGAUGGCAAAAACUCACCACCAGAAAGUGGAGAAGAAAAAGAAGGAGAAAACAGUGGAGAAGAAAGGAAAGACCAAGAAAAAGGAAGAGAAACUCAACGGGAAAAUACCUGACCAUGAGCCAGCCCCCAACAUGACCAUCCUCAUCAAAGACCCAGUGCGGGCACCUGCAGUGGCAGUGGCUCCAACCCCAGUCCAGCCCCCCGUGGUCAUUGCCCCUAUAGCCACGAUACCAGCCAUGCCCCAAGAGAAGCUGGCUUCCUCCCCUAAGGACAAAAAAAAGAAGGAGAAAAAAGUAGCAAAAGUGGAACCAGCAGUCAGUUCUGUAGUGAAUUCCAUCCAAGUUCUUGCCUCAAAGGCUGCCAUCUUGGAAACUGCUCCCAAGGAGGUGCCUAUGGUGGUUGUGCCCCCAGUGGGUGCCAAGGCCAGUACUCCAUCCACUGGUGCUGCACAGGGCAAAAAGGCAGAGGGGCCCCAGAACCAGGGCAAAAAGGCAGAGGGGCCCCAGAACCAGGGCAAAAAGGCAGAGGGGGCCCAACACCAGGGCAAAAAGGCAGAGGGAACCCCCAACCAGAGCAAAAAGGCAGAGGGAACCCCCAACCAGAGCAAAAAGGCAGAGGGGGUCCCUAACCAGGGUAAAAAGGCAGAGGGGGCCCAAAAUCAGGGCAAAAAGGUAGAAGUGGUCUCGAACCAGGGCAAAAAGACAGAAGGAACCCUGAACCAGGGCAAAAAGGCAGAGGGAACCCCAAACCAGGGCAAAAAGGCAGAAGUGGUCCCGAACCAGGGCAAAAAGGCGGAGGGAACCCCGAACCAGGGCAAAAAGAUGGAGGGAACCCAAAACCAGGGCAAAAAGGCGGAGGGAACCCCAAACCAGGGCAAAAAGGCAGAGGGGCCUCAGAACCAGGGCAAAAAGUCAGAGGGGGUCCCUAACCAGAGCAAAAGGACAGAAGGGUCCCCCAACCAGGGCAGAAAAGUAGAGGGGGCUCCCAACCAGGGCAAAAAAGUAGAGGUGGCCCAGAAUCAGGGUAAAAAAGCAGAGGGGGCUCCCAACCAGGGCAAAAAGGCAGAGGGGAGCCCCAGUCAGGGCAAAAAGGUAGAAGUGGUUCAGAAUCAGAGCAAAAAGGUAGAAGGAACCCCCAACCAGGGCAGAAAGGGAGAGGGGGCCCAGAACCAGGGCAAGAAGGCAGAGGGGGCUCCCAACCAAGGCAAAAAGGCAGAAGGGACCCCCAACCAGGGCAAAAAGGCAGAAGGGACCCCCAACCAGGGCAAAAAGGCAGAGGGGGUCCCCAACCAGGGCAAGAAGGCAGAGGGGCCCCCCAACCAAGGCAAAAAGGCAGAAGGGACCCCCAACCAGGGCAAAAAGGCAGAAGGGACCCCCAACCAAGGCAAAAAGGCAGAGGGGGUCCCCAAUCAGGGCAAAAAGGCAGAGGGGGUCCCCAACCAAGGCAAAAAGUCAGAUGGGGCCCAGAAUCAGAGCAAAAAGGCAGAUUCAGUUGCUAAUCAGGCCACAAAGACUGAGGGUGUUGCAAACCAGGGUAAAAAAGCAGAGGGGGGCCCCAAUCAAGGCAGAAAGGCAGAAGGAACCCCAAACCAGGGCAAAAAGUCAGAGGGGUCUCCCAACCAGGGCAAAAAGGUGGAUGCAUCUUCCAAUCAGGGUAAAAAGGCAGAGGCAGUUCCUAUCCAGGGCAAAAAUGCAGAUAUGGUCCAGAGCCAGGAGACACCAAAGCAAGAGGCUCUUGCUAAGAAGAAGUCUGGUUCAAAGAAGAAAGGUGAGCCUGGGCCCCAGGACUCAGACAGCCCUCUCUACCUCCCUUACAAGACGCUGGUCUCCACAGUCGGAAGCAUGGUGUUCAAUGAGGGCGAGGCCCAGCGGCUCAUUGAGAUCCUAUCUGAGAAAGCUGGUGUCAUUCAGGACACCUGGCAUAAGGCCACUCAGAAGGGUGACCCUGUGGUGAUUCUGAAGCGCCAGCUGGAAGAGAAAGAAAAGCUGCUGGCCACAGAGCAGGAAGACGCGGCCGUCGCCAAGAGCAAACUGAGGGAGCUCAACAAGGAGCUGGCAGCAGAAAAGGCCAAGGCAGCAGCUGGGGAGGCCAAAGUGAAAAAGCAGCUGGUGGCCCGGGAGCAGGAGAUCACGGCAGUGCAGGCCCGAAUGCAGGCCAGCUACCAGCAGCACGUGAAGGAAGUGCAACAGCUGCAGGGCAAGAUCCGGACUCUUCAGGAACAGCUGGAGAAUGGCCCCAACACACAGCUGGCCCGUCUGCAACAGGAGAACUCCAUCCUGAGGGACGCUUUGAACCAAGCUACGAGCCAGGUGGAGAGCAAGCAGAAUGCAGAGCUGGCCAAACUCCGGCAAGAGCUCAGCAAGGUCAGUAAGGAGCUGUUGGAAAAGUCAGACGCCUCACGGCAGGAGGAGCAGCAGCGGAAGGCUCUGGAGGCCAAGGCAGCCGCCUUCGAGAAGCAGAUCCUGCAGCUGCAGGUGUCUCACAAGGAGAGUGAGGAGGCCUUGCAGAAACGUCUGGACGAGGUCAGCCGGGAGCUCUGCCGCUCGCAGACCAGCCACGCCAGCCUGAGGGCAGAUGCUGAGAAAGCCCAGGAGCAGCAGCAGCAGCUGGCUGAGCUGCACAGCAAAUUACAGUCCUCCGAGGCAGAGGUGAAGAGCCAGUGCGAGGAGCUGAGUGGUCUUCAAGGGCAGCUCAAGGAGUCCAGGGCGGAGAACUCCCAGCUCGCAGAGAGAAUCCGGUCCAUUGAGGCCCUGCUGGAGGCAGGCCAGGCCCGGGACGCCCAGGAUAGCCAGGCCAGCCAAGCAGAAGCUAACCAGCAGCAGGCCCGCUUCAAGGAGCUGGAGUCCCAGGUGCGGUGUCUGGAGAAGGAGACCACUGAGCUCAAGGAGGCGGUUGAGCAGCAGAAAGUUAAGAACAAUGACCUCCGAGAGAAGAACUGGAAGGCGAUGGAGGCACUGGCCUCAGCUGAGAGAGGCUUCGAGGAGAAGCUGCGCUCCCUGACUCAGGCCAAGGAGGAAUCAGAAAAGCAGCUCAGCCUGACUGAGGCACAGACCAAGGAGGCCCUGCUGGCUCUGCUCCCGGCACUUUCUGACGGGGCCCACAAGAAUUACACUGAGUGGCUCCAGGAACUGAAAGAGAAAGGCCCAGAACUGCUGAAACAGCUACCAGUAAACACGGAGCCCUCCUUAGACCUGGCCUUCAAGCUGAGGGAGGCUGAGGAGACCCAGAGCACACUGCAGGCUGAGUGUGACCAGUACCGCACCAUCCUGGCGGAGACGGAGGGCAUGCUCAGGGACCUGCAGAAGAGCGUGGAGGAGGAGGAGCAGGUCUGGAAGGCCAAAGUCAGCGCCAAGGAGGAGGAGCUCCAAAAGUCACAGGUCACAGUGAAACAUCUCGAAGACAUUGUAGAGAAGCUAAAAGGAGAACUUGAAAGUUCAGAUCAGGUAAGGGAGUACACGUCGCACCUGGAAGCAGAGCUGGAGAAGCACAUGGCUGCUGCCAGCGCUGAGUGCCAGAGCUAUGCCAAAGAGGUGGCGGGGUUGAGGCAACUUUUAUUAGAAUCUCAAUCUCAGCUGGAUACAGCCAAGAGCGAAGCCCAAAAACAGAGCAAUGAGCUCGCCCUGGUCAGGCAGCAGUUGAGUGAGAUGAAGAGCCACGUAGAGGAUGGUGAUGUAGCUGGGUCUCCGGCUGCCCCCCCCGAGGUCCCCCCAGCAGAGCAGGACCCUGUCGAGGUUAGGGCGCUGAAAACGCAGUUGGAGCGGACAGAAGCCAUCCUGGAGGACGAGCAGAUGCAGCGGCAGAAGCUCACGGCCGAGUUUGAGGAGGCUCAGAACACAGCGUGUCGGCUACAGGAGGAGCUGGAGAAGCUUCGCACCAGCCCCCUCGAGUCUGCAGAGGCAGGGGUGGUCGUGCAGCUUAAGGAGAGGCUAGAAAAAGAAAAGAAGUUAACGAGUGACCUGGGACGUGCUGCCACCAGAUUACAGGAGCUUUUGAAGAAGACCCAGGAGCAGCUGGCAAAGGAGAAAGACACAGUGAAGAAGUUACAGGAGCAGCUGGACAAAACAGAAGACAGUAGCAACUCAAAGGAGGGCACAUCUGUUUGAGUCUUCUCUGC